GACCAUAACCAUUCCCUCUCUGCUAGCUUGUUAGCUUCCUCACUAAAUAAUAUACGCACUCCGCAGUAUACAUCUGCUCCUCAAUAGCAUCGCCUGUAUUUCCUCUCAGAGUCAUCACCCACAUUUUGACUAAGCAAAUCAUUCUCAAAAGAAACAUCACACAUCUACCACAAUGCCUGCCUCAGUAGCAUCAGCGCCUGUCAGACACACCCCCAACAAGACGACUGCCACAAGAAAUGUAAAGAAGGCCGGCACAGCCGCAACCAAGAAGCCCCAAACAAACGGCGCCGUAAACGGAGCAUCGCACCCCCAAAUGUCGCCUUACACCAUCAUGGCCUCGAGAAUCGCCAACCGCGUCGCCGAAAUGGCAGAAAACAUGACGUUUGUCGAGCGAGAAAAGCCUCAGCCACAACAAAACGGCGCCGUGCAAUCGCAACCCGCGCCCCGCAAGCCCCCGCGAAAGCUCGAAAUGCGCAUCCCCAACAGCGGCGCUUCACCCACGAACAUCACUUUUAGCGCGCCCUUCCUUGACAACACGCUGUCCAAGCUGUUGACACUGCAGAACCGCAUGUUGACUGUUAGCAACGACAUUGCUGCGUGCGAGGAUGUGGAUGAGAAGACGAAGCAAGAGCAGUUUGCGCAGAGUGCCGAGUUGAGUCGCAUUAUUGCGCUGAUUUGUGCUGAGAAGGCUAGGCAGGGUGCUUAGUGUCUAGUUCUUUUCUUCUUCUUUUGCUUGUUCGGCUUGAAUGACAGCAAUCGUGUCUUCACCACGUUAUCAUUUUCUAUUUCAUUUUUUUCUCUUUUACAGCGGCGUUAGAAGGACUAUUUCAGUAUGUAUAACGAAAUAGGUGGCUUUUUUUUUAAACGCAGGCAAGCAUGGCUUUUUUGUACGAAUAGUUAUAGA